GCGAUUCGCUUCAUAACAUUUUUAGUUGCAUUGUAUAGCUAUGGCUCGUACUAAACAGACCGCCCGCAAGUCCACCGGAGGGAAGGCUCCUCGCAAACAGUUGGCCACUAAGGCAGCCAGGAAGAGCGCUCCGGCCACUGGGGGUGUCAAGAAGCCACAUCGUUACCGCCCAGGUACUGUCGCUCUCCGAGAAAUCCGACGUUACCAGAAAUCCACUGAGCUGCUGAUUCGCAAAUUGCCUUUCCAGCGCCUCGUUCGUGAGAUCGCUCAGGAUUUCAAGACUGACUUGCGUUUCCAGAGCUCGGCCGUCAUGGCUCUGCAGGAGGCCAGCGAGGCUUAUCUGGUUGGCUUGUUUGAGGACACCAAUCUGUGCGCCAUCCAUGCCAAGAGGGUCACCAUCAUGCCCAAGGAUAUCCAGUUGGCCCGCAGGAUCCGAGGCGAGAGAGCUUAGAUACAGUUGCGACUUUUCUUACUAAACACAAAGGCUCUUUUCAGAGCCACCAAAUCCCAAAUUAAAUGAGUUGAACGCU